AUGACGAUAAAGACACCAUCAUUGUUGUUUUUACCGAGCGUCACCUGCGCUCUGUGUCUGCCACGGUGUCACCAUGUCAAGUCGUGGCUGCUGCUAAUCACCGCCCAGGUGUUCAUCAGGUGGGCGGGGCUUAACUCUCCUUUCCAGCGGGACGCCUGGCACCAUCGCACUUUGGAAACGAUGGGCUGCGGGACCAGCAAAGUGCUGCCCAAGGGCUGCGUGAGCGUCGUGCGGUCGCUGGUGGCCCUCAGCAGAGCGCCAUGUGGGGACCACCAUGGCGGCAAUCAGGACCCCAAGAAGAAGACAGACAAGGGCGGGUGGUUUUCCACCAAAGGGAAGAACCUCCCAUCAGAUGAGUUGUGCGGCGAUAAGCAGCAGCAGCAGCAGGAUAACCCCGAGACAUACAAGGACAAGUUUGACGCGCGUGUCACAACCAGAUAUCUGAUUCUGACCAAGGUCGCGAGGGGGUGCUGGAGCCGAUCUCAGCUGCGGAAGGCGGGAUACGACAUCAAGGCGCUGAUCGGGCGCGGCAGCUUCAGCCGGGUGGUGCGGGCCGAGCACAGGACCAGCUGCCGCCCCUUCGCCAUAAAGCUGAUGGAGCUGGAGGCCCCCCAGGCGCGGGAGGUGUGCGCGGCCGAGCUGGCGGUGCUGCGACGGGUCAACCACGACAACGUGAUCCGGCUGGUGGAGGUCUUCCAGGGGCGGCGACGGGUCUACGCCGUGCUGGAGUUGGCCACCGGCGGCGAACUGUUGGACCGCGUGGUCAGCAAGGGGCACUACACCGAGCAGGACGCCACCCGGGCCCUGCGGAUGGUUCUGGCCGGCGUGGGCUACCUCCAUUCUCUGGGUAUCACUCACAGAGAUCUGAAGCCUGAGAAUCUUCUUUACUACCACCCGGGCGCCGACUCCCGCUUGCUGGUGACGGACUUCGGAUUGGCUACUUUUAGCGGGUCUGAAGCGCCACGUGGUACCGGGGGAAGCGGCACCUGGUCCUUAAGAACGACAUGCGGGACCCCCGAGUACAUGGCCCCGGAAGUGGUGCUCAGGCGCCCGUAUUCCUGCGCGGUGGACAUGUGGGCUGUGGGAGUGAUCGCUUACAUCGUGCUGAGCGGGUCCAUGCCCUUUGAGGACGACUCCCGCCGGCGACUCUACAGAUCCAUUCUCAGAGGGAAAUACAGCUUCCAUGGAGAGCCUUGGCCGUCCGUGUCCAAGCCAGCCAAGGACUUCAUCCGAGGUCUGCUGGAACCGGACCCGGCGCGACGGCCGAGCGCCGAGCGAGCCCUCAGUCACCCCUGGGUGGUCACCAUGGCAGCCAGCUCCUCCACCAGGAACCUCCACAGGUCCAUCUCCCAGAACCUGCGGCUGCGGGCUUCUCGGAACUCCUCGCGGUGCCACAGCAGGACCGCGGACGGGUCGGCCCGAGGAGGACCCGCGAGGCUCCCGGCUGGAAUUUGAUGGUUUUGAUUGACGCUGACUGAGAGGUUGGUGAUGGCGGUUGUAGAAGUGUGGACUGUAUUCGAUUCCAUCGCUGGUCCUAACCUAGAACUUACAAAAUAUUGUUUGGGUUGUUCACAUUGGUGUUUUUGUCAUUUGGCCAAAUUAUUUUGAUGCUCUGCUAUUUUUCGGUUUCAUGAAAAGCUUCAAAAAUAGACUUUUAAACAACUUUUCUGACUUAUUACUGGAUUUUACUACAAUAUUUUGAUCAAAAAUGUCAUCUCCUGGGUUGAAUAUGUACCGUAUUUUUCGGAGUAUAAGUCGCACCGGAGUAUAAGUCGCACCUGCCGAAAAUGCAUAAUAAAGAAGGAAAAAAACAUAUAUAAAUCGCGCUGGAGCCCGGCCAAACUAUGAAAAAAAAAUGCGACUUAUAGUCUGAAAAAUACGGUAAGUCAUUUUUAUUUUGGGAUAUUUUUACCAUUGUAGUUUUAAUUAAAAGCUUCAAAAUUGUACUUUUAUGGAACUUUCAAGACUACAUGAAAUGACUUAAAUAUUCCAAAUUAAAAAUGUAGUCUGCCUAGUUUAACAUGCUAAUUAUUUUUAUAUUCUGCUAUUUUUUACCAUCCUAAGUUUCAUGAAUAGCUUCAAAAAUAGACUUUUAAGCAACUUUUGUGACUUAUUACGUGAUUUUACUACAAUAUUUCAAUCAUAAAUGU